AUGGUGAAUGCAUACACAGGAUAUAAGUACACUUUUGCUGAUGAUCCCAUUUUAUUAGAAGACACUAUUGAUAAUUUGAAUGAAUAUUUACCACAAUCUUUAAAUGAAUUUAACCUUCAAGAUUUGUUCAGAAUACGUCAACAAGAGAAAUUACAUACUGAAUAUGAAUAUUAUCUUGAUGUUAAUAAUAGGAAAGAAUUUUACGAUGCUAUUAUUGUUAUUAAGUUUGUAUUUUGUGCACGAAGUGAAGGUCGACUGAAAUCCAAAAUCAUUAAAAGGCUUAAGCUAAAGAAAGACGAAAGACCGAAUUAUUUUAAUAACCUGUGGAAGAUUUAUUAUGCUGCUCAAAUAGUACACGAUUGGAUUUCAAAUGAUGUUCCAAUGACUACUGGUAAUGAAGUAUUGAAUAAAAAAACAGAUGAAGGUUCCAUUUUCAGUGAUGCUUUCAAAUCUAUUCUUUUUGAUUCUAUUGAUGAGAUAAAUGACGAUGAUUUUGCUGGGAACAUUCAUGAAUUAGAAUCGUUUAUUGAAUAUUCAUUAAACAAAAUGGAUGUGAGAACUGCUGCGGAUACAUCACGUACACUAUUAGGUACCUUCUCCUUCCUUCAAGCUCAUAAUUCGGGAGCUCAUUUUGGUAAUUCAUUCUCAGAUAGACAAGAUUCUGAAUUUAAGAGGAAAAGUGCCUUUUAUGAAUUUACUGUCAAACCAAUGCUCUACUUCGUUAAUCAGCUACUUUUAGUUCAUGAUGAAUAUGGUGUUCGUUCUAGAAGCAUAGACAUGACCAAGAAAACACGUCCAAGUAUAAUUUGGGAAUCUUUAUCAUCUAGUGGUGAACCAUACCCUAGAAUUUUGAGAAAUGAAGAAAUGUUUCAUUUAUACAAGCCAGAUUUUUUAUUGACACUAAUUCACUCAAAUCAUACAAAUACACCCAUUUGUGGGAUAGAUAUGGAAUGUCAUGAGCUUUCUAAAAUUCUUGAAUCAAACAAGAUUGAUAACUUUGCAAAGUUAUCAAAAAUCUUCCGUGAAGUUGUUCCCUUUCAAAUUUUUAAUAAAUUUAGUAGUUACAUUAUUAGUGAUUUCAAUAUGAGCUUAUAUUUCGAAUAUCCAUUGGGUGAUGGUAAAUGGUGGAGUAAUGAUGAAGAUGAAGUUCACAUUAGUGGUGCACCAGUUAAGUUUAAAUUAUUUGACAAUAGUGGUACUACUCCAGCUGAUCGUAUUUCAUUACAGCUUUUGUUGAUACUAAAAUUUUAUGACACAAUUAGAAGAGUGUUACCUGUGGAUAAAUGGCUAAAAGUUUCCAAUGGUGAAGACAUAUUACAUGAAGGAUCAUAUAGAUUACUGGAUCAAGGAUGGAAUGAAAAGGUUUUCAACCCAUUUAUUAUAUCACAGUUUAGAUAUGGGUUCAAGAAGAAAAUUGCAAUGGAUAAAUUGGAUAGGAUUCCAGUGGAAGCAACAAAAUUUCCAUUGGGAAAUAUAAUAGAAGAGACAGGAAAUGCCCCAAAGAGGUUAAAAGUUGGAAAAGAAUCAUUCGAUGGUACAUCACCUUUUGGAGAUUUUACAAGUGGAAAUGACAUAAAGUUUGAUACAACGAAGCUGUUCCCAAUAAAUACUAAUUUGAAAGUUUCAAAUCAUGAAAUAUUGAAUGAGUAUUCAAACACCAGAGGUACAAAACUUAUAAUUGAAGGUUUUGACAUAUUUAAAAGCAAUACAAACAUUUCGAAUAAAGUGUUCUUCAAAAUGUUUGAUUUGGCUAAUUUGAAAUAUCUUCAUAGUUAUGUAAAAACUGCUGGUAUGCCGUAUUAUGAAGAAGAUUGUAAAGGGUUUACUGAUUCUGAAAUAUGCAUUUUAUUCUCACUAGAAGAUUGUUCCAAAUAUGAUUUCAAACACUUCAUCGAAAGUUUAAAAAAGAGUUACAUUAGAGAAAUUACGGCUCUAAAAAAGAUUAAAGAAUGGAAUUCAAAACAUGGUAUCAAAGAACAAAUUAAUUCACCUAAAUUGCUACAACAUGGAUGGACUUAUCUUGAAUUAUUGACAGAAGGCCAAGUAAAAUAUUCGUACUGGGGGCCAUUCAUCUGUACAGAGUACCUUGAUUUCAUAAAGGAUAAUGAAUAUAAAGAUCACCCAAAACGGACUAAGAAUUUGAACAGACAACUUGAAAUUCUUUCAAAAGCAGGGAUUGAACAUAAUAAUUAUAUUGUUUCACUCCAGAUCAAGAUGAACGAUUUUCCAGGUGGAUUCCCUGGAAUGUAUGAUGAUGAGAACACGGGGAUGUCAAAUGAGCAAGAUCAAACAUCAAGAACUAUAAGGUCAACACCUGAAUUUGAAGCUGUUAGGAAAUCACUGAAAUCUAGGAAAAAGAUAUUGAAAAAAGAUAUCAUCAAUAGUUUAGAUAUCAUUUGUACAAUCGGUGAGUUUUACAUUUUGGUACAUCAAUAUAAUAAAGCAUUUACUAACUAUUUACAGAUCAUAUUAGUAUUCCAAACAACUCCAAUAUUACAACAACUCAUACCCAGAAAUGCAGGUAAAAGAUCAACUUUCCAUAUUAUUGUGAUUUCAAAUUUUUUUGCAUUAUUAUUACAUUUAACAAGAGAAUUACCAAUACCAAAUGAAGAUGGUUAUCUUUAUGGUCAUCAUUUUUUACAAACAAUUGGUCAACAACAAUUACCCAGUAAAUACUGGUUCAUUCCUUUAGAUUUAUUAGUGUUUUAUAUGCAAGUUGCUUUAUUUACUUCACAAUAUUCAACAAGAAAAAAUAAAACUAUAAAAUCAACUCAUGUGGAAAAUGAACAUGAUGGAUUUCAAGGUGAAACUAUUGCUUUGAAGAUACCAAUAAUAAGUGCUCUUCAUAUGCCAUUCCCAAGUGUUGAAGUAUUGAAGACAGAAGAGGAAGAAAUGAAUAAUUCUGAAAACGCCACAAAUAAUGGUAAUCUAUUAGCUUCACAAGCAAUCUAUGGUUCAAUACCAAUUAAUGAAGAAGAUGAUGAAGAAUCUUCAAGAUUUGUCUUUUAA